AUGGCGAACACACGAUUCGUCCCGUGGCACUCGUGGGAGGAGUGGGCGUUCGUCCGAGACGCUUUUAAUCUUUUAUCGAUCUCGUCGUCGUCGUCAAAAUCGUUUGGGUCGUUUAUUACGUCGUCGUCGAGGAGGUCUCGCUUUUUGAGGAGUGCGACGAGAAGAAGAGAGGAGACUCUUUUGUGCGAAGAUGAGAAGAACGCGUUGCCGUUACCAUUACCAACAACCGUUGCUGAUGAUGGUAAAGAAGAAGAAGACAACGAAGAAGAAGAAGACCAAGAAGAAAAGAACAAAAGAAGAGCGUUAGAAAUAGUGCAAAUGUGGAGAGUGAGAGGCCGAGUGCCCUUGGCGAUCGACGCGCACGCGCAGAUUGUGGAGUUGCAACUGAUGGACGAAGAGGUGAUGCGAGAGAAAAAGAGAAGGAGGAAUGAAUCAACCUUGAGACUUUCGUACGCGAUGACGUUAACUCGACUGGUGAACGGUAUUUGCGAUCCUUCGCAAAAAGGCAAGUUUGCAAUGAGCGUCCAAACGCUCGCGACGCAACUGAACGUCCCGAGAACGCUUGUAGAUAUUCGACACGAUUCAACGCAUAAUCAGUUACCCUCGAUACAGCGGUUAAGGAAAGCGAGCGAAGACGCGAUUGGGUGGUUAGACGCGAAUUAUUGGGAACGGCAGAAACGGAAAUUAGAACACGUCACAGAGGAGAUGCGAUUGGUAAUUCGAGCGAUGGUCGAGUGCGAAAGAGGACAAAAUGUGAAAAAAAGCAAAGACGAGUCGAACAGUUCCGACGACGACGAGAGCAUGUACGACAGCGAAGAGGAAAUGCACGCGAAAACAGAGAAAGCGAAUAAAAUGAAACGGGAGAAGGAGACGAGGAAAAAAACGAAAAACAGCGCGGUUGGACGUUUGAAACGGUUGGUGCCAAGAUCGAAACCAGACCGCAUGUUAGUGCACGCUUUUGUUCGAGAAUUAUUAGACGCGAAGGAGGAGGAAAUGCUUUUGAUCGUUGAGAACUCUUCUUACGACAAAACGGACCCCGACGAAGACCUCGGAGAGAAGAACAACACGGACGAGAUCGUUCGGGCAUUUUCUAACGUCAUCGACCAAAUCGAUUCGAGAGUCGUCGACGGAUUUAGCUGCGCCAUCCUAGAGUUUGGCACCGAAGAACUUCUUCACGACUUGGCGAACGACGCGCGACAGAUUAUAAAUCCUAUAUUCGAGUUCGCGUGGAAACACGCGGUUUCUCGCGACGUGGCGAAAGCAACAUUUAUCGCCGAAUGGUAUCAGAGACGCGGUAAUGAUAGCGUUAGAGGUUCGAAUACGAGCGAAUACGUUCAGAAUAAGUUUCAGACGUUGUUAUCUUUGGACGGGGGCGGGGGCGCAAUCGCCGCGGAUGGAGGAGGAAGUAAGAAUAAAAAGAAAAACGCAAAAACGCAAAACAACAACAAGAAGCGACAAAAAGAAGAAGAAGAUACUAUCGCGUGGAGAAAAGCAAAGCCAGGAGAAUGGAUUCCAGGAGCACCCAUAGGCGCACCGAUACGAGCUCUAUUUCCCCCUCGCGAACUCGGCGACGAGGGCGACGACGAGAAGAUUGUCCUAGAAUCGGACGCGUUUACGCCGAGGAAGAAACAAAAAAUGGAGCGAGAGCGCGACACGAACUUUCUUACCACAAGAAACGAAGAGUUAGCUUUAGAUUUAGAAUACAACGAUAUAAACGUGGCAGAGGAUACCGAGGACGAUACCGAGAACGAGGACGAACAGCCGCCAAACUCUGUUCUUCUGCGAGAAGACGAGGACGAAUUUGACGACGACGACGACAAAGAUGAAGAAGAAGAACAAGAAGAAGAAGAAGAAGAAGAAGAAGAAGCCAAAGCUAAGGUCACCGUAAACGGCACUCGCGUCCGAUUAAGCGGUCGAGAAGUCAACGGCGUCAAAGAGAGCGUCGCUUGUUUGUUAUGA